UGUCACCACAGCUCGGUGACGGAGAGUUGUGUGUCAAGCCUGAAGAGUUUCGCUCCUCCUUCCUUAAACUCUGGAGGUGUUGCGCUCCUGCCAUUCAGUAAAAACACCAUCGUGCUCCUGAAGUUCAGACGUCUGGCUGGACGCAACCUGUACGGAUCAGCAGUGCGCUGUAUAGUGAUGUGUGUCAAAGCUUUCCUUCAGGAGAAAUGAUUCCUGCUUAGGGAAUGACCCUACAAGAGUUUUGAAAGGCAUUGUUUUAUGACGUGGUCUCUUGUGGAUAUAACAACACGCUUGCUUCACGUUUCGUAUUUUUACAGGAUUCAAUCACUAAGGCCAGACGGUAAUCAACGAUGCGGCCAUUAUCUCCCCUGUCUCAUCUCAUUUUGUUUCACUUAUUGUGCGGAUCUCUGAGCAGCAGAUGUCCUCAACAGUGCUCAUGCAGCUCCAGUGGUUCUGUCUUCUGCGUCCAGCAGAACUUGAGCUACAUGCCUCGUGGCCUCCCCUCCUCCACAAAGUACCUCUAUGUAUUUCAGAACAACAUCAACACCUUGCAACAGCAGGACUUUAUAGAGCUGGGCAAGCUUGGAAUGCUUGACUUGAGUCAGAAUGCCCUCAUUGAAAUCCCUGAUGGGGUGUUCAGCCCACUCUCCUCUCUACACAACCUGGAUCUCUCCUCGAACCACAUUACCCACAUUUCCAAAGACAGCUUUUCUGGACUGGUCAACCUGGAAAGGCUGUAUCUCUACAGCAACCAGAUUCAGAGCAUUCACCCAGCUGCCUUUGAGGGACUACAGAACCUACUGGAGCUGAAGCUACAGGGGAAUCAGAUUAGUGUUUUGCCAGCUCUGCAACUGCCCAGACUGCUCCACUUGGACCUAAGUUAUAAUAGUAUCCCACCUAUUGGACCUGAAGAUUUACAGACACCACACCUUGAGUCUCUCAAAAUAGCUGGACUGCGACUGACCAGUCUGGAUGAGGAGCUGCUAAGCAGCCUAGUGAACCUACAUGUUCUGGAUGUUUCCCAGAAUCUGCUCGUAGAGAUACAACCUACACUGAAGGCAAUGGGGGGCCUACGAAACCUCAAUUUAACUGGGAAUCCCUUGGGAUCCCUUAAACAAGAAGACUUCCAAAAUCUGGUUAAUUUGCUAGAGCUUGACUUGAGCAACCUUAAUUUGCAAGGCUUCCCCGAAGGCUUCUUCAACCUUUUCCCCAAACUUGAGAAGCUCACUGCAGCUGAAAACCCCUUUAACUGCCUCUGCCCACUGGCCUGGUUUCCAGUAUGGCUAAAGGAUGCACGUGUAGAACUGUUGAGAAUGGAGGAGACUCGUUGCCACUUUCCACCAAUAAACUCAGGAGAGGUUUUGGCAAAAUUGGAGCAUAAAGAUUUUGGCUGUCCCACAACAACCAUUGAGUUAACAAGUGCAGGGAAAAGUAGUACUACAAGCAAGCCAACAAACUCCACCACACCAUCAAGCACGACACAAGCCAUUUCCCCGGCACAACCAAGUGAGGUUCCCUCAGCAGACACAGACAGCUUCACUCUUUCCCAUACCACUGCCUUCCCCAGAGAAAUCAUAAAAGAUUCUGAAGAAGAGGACAUCAUGUGUCCCUCCAAUAUCUGUCUAAAUGGUGGAACAUGCAUGUUUGACUCAAAUGGGGAGGUUGUUUGCCUGUGUCCUCCUUCAAUGUCAGGACUCUACUGUGAGACGCAAAAUCCAAGCUUCCUUUCUCCGCCUUCACCUAGAGUUUCUAUUGAGGCUAUUGCUACAGUCCAGCCCAACACAAUCAGCUCCCUUCACAUAACCAGCACUUCCAUUUCAUUAGACCUUCACCAUUACAUCCACACAAGAACGCACAUCCGUGGAAUCCGUCUGACUUACCGAAACUUGUCAGGCCCCGACCGGCGGCCAAUGCACCUCAAUGUGCCUCCAACUUACCCCGAAUACACGCUUAGAGGGCUACAGCCAAAUACCACCUAUUCUGUAUGUGCCAGCCCUCUGGGAGAGCCUGUCCAUGUCUCGGUUAGUGCCUGCAUGGAGGCUCGCACAUCAGGAAUCUCACCCUACUCCCAAGAGCCAAGUGUUGACAGGACCGAACCCUCUUCCUCUCUCAUACCCAUCAUGACAGCUGUAGCGGUGGUGAUGGUUGUGGCCAUCAUAGCUACUGUGGUAGUCAUCCACCGCAGGAGGAGAUCCAAGGCUCCAGCAGAUAUAGACUUACAUGAGACAUCUCCUCUGGAGUUAGAGGGAAUGAAAACCAGUCCAGAGAAUGGUCUGACACAUCCAAAACAACCCGACAUCACCCCUUGCCCAUCUAUAGUGCAAAAUAGCUUGGAAUACGAGGUGCCUUUAAUACAAGGACAGUGUCCAGCCAACAAUAAUGUAGCUUGUAUGAAACCUUUGUAUGUGUAAAAGCCAUAUUGCGCUAUUCAUACCUCCCAGCUCACAGAAGGCAAUGUGCUCCAUUACUCCUGCAGGUAGGUGCGAUGCAGACCCUAGAUAGACUCUGGUGAGUUGAUGAACAUUUUAAUGCAUCCCAGCCAAAUGCUUAAACUGACUGCCAGUAUUUAAACCAGGUGCAUUUGCCAUCAACAUUUUUUACAAAUGCCUUUAUGUGCCUUUUAUAACCAUAAAUAUCAGACUUUAUCAAGAAUUUCUUUCUAAGAAGAGGCCAGACAUUACUGAACACAGUGUUGAUAGGCUGGAAAACAGGUUGUUUUAGAGGUAGCUCAUUAAUUGUGUUGCUGGCUAUGGAAGUGGCAAACAGGAGUCAAAAGGUCAUGCCUGGACACCUGGACUUUUUUUUUUGUCCAGAAACAAAUUGCACUGAUAAGAGACACUGGGACUGUGCCUAAGAGUUGCCUAAAGAAGCUGAAAGUGAUCAGCCUCUUAAAAGAUGCUUCAAACAGGUUUUAUACAGCAUCAAAGCAUCCCUCUGCCCCAUCUGUCCUGCACAGGAGAAUAUUUGCUGUGAAAAAAAAAAACACAAUGAAGAGACAUUUUCUUACUUUGUCUAGUUUGCGCCAUUAUGUUAAAGUUGUGUUAUGAUGUUUUUUGUAUUUUUAAAGAAACAGUUCACCAAAAAAUGACCUAUUGUAGAAAGAAAGUCACAUGAGUUUGGAAUGAGAUUAGGGUGUGUAAAUCAAAACAGAAUUUUCAUUUUGGGUGAACUUUUCCUUCUGUGUCACUUUUUGUGUUUAGUUGUGUUUGUUUUGACUUGUAAACAUGAGACUAGCAAACAUUCUUUCUCCUCUCACUUGAGUGCAACAAGUUAAAAUGCUUUUACUUCUGAAUGAAAACGAACUCACUUUCCACGAGUGAAGUCGUCAUCCUGCAUCUGACAAAGAAACACUUUGCAAGACUAUAAACACCCACAGCCAUUUUUGACCUCAAACAAAUUCCACAUAUUAACAAACACACUAGUACUAUAUAAGGAUAUGGAUAACAAAUGCUUUUAACAAAGCUGAUUUAGUUUUUUUUUUUUUUUUUACAUGCUUUCUAAAAAUGUCCCGUACUCUUGAUUCAGACAGGGCCCCAAACAUAGACAAACUAGGGGAAGGCUUCAAAGCCAGUUUUUUUUUUUUUUUUUUUUUUUUUUUUUUUUUUUUUUUUUUUUUUUGUAUUUGUUGCCAAGCUGAAUGCAGAUGGCUUUGCUCUUUGCUCUUUGCUCAGACUUUGAAAACUCAAAAGCGUACAUUGGUACAGUGGCGUGCUAUGGUAUUAAAAGUGUACUACAGUGAUUGCAUCUGGUGGUGAUAACAUGGUACUUUGAUAUAUACCAGGGUACAAGGCCAAAAAGUAAGCAAAAUUAAUCACCUCAACUUCCACAUGAAUCUUCAGUAAGAUUUACUUCAGAAAAGAAUAUAACAAGACCCAUGUAAAACGAGACUGAUAGUUUUUCUCUGUGAAAGUGUCAAAGCCAAAAGUGUCAUUGUGGAAUUGCAUGUUUAUGAGCAUUAUCAGCGCAGUAAAGCAGUGUUAAGAGAAAUGGAGCCAGUAAUCUAAUCCAAAGUGAGGAAAGGUCAAUUGUCAAAUUCUCCCCACUCUCAGCAGCCCUUUUUUAGCCCUGUGCUACAUAUUUGUGACCAUAUGCAGUAUGUGCGCUGAAGAUGUCAGCAUCUAGCACAUCUAAAUGUUUGAACUGGAAAGAGGAACAGCUUUACACAGCAUGAGGGGCUUCAAAUAUUUGAAACAUUUUCAAAACUGCUUUUAAGUCCCAUGCUUACUUUGGGAUGCUUGUUGUUUCUCUCUUUUGUUGUGCACAAAGCAAAGUCUUCUCUUUUUUUGGAUGUAAAAACGUGUACUCUUUGGAAGAAAAAUGUGACUGCUGAGAAAAUAAAAUGGAAAAACCACUCUUC